GAGAAGCAACAGCAGCAGCAGUCGCAGUCGCAGCAACAACAACUACAUAAACAACAAGCACCAAUCGAAGCAUUUACAUCAAGGCAGCUGGUGCCUGUUAAUGCAAUGUUAUUGCUGCUGCUGCUGACGAUGCUGAUGCGUCCGCGGAUCGCCUAUGCAAAUCGUCUAUCGGAUACCAAGCUACACGAAAUCUAUCUGGAUGAUAAGGAGAUCAAGCUGAGCUGGAUGGUCGACUGGUAUAAGCAGGAGGUGCUCUUCCAUUUGCAGAAUGCGUUCAAUGAGCAGCAUCGUUGGUUCUAUUUGGGCUUCUCGAAACGUGGCGGAUUGGGCGAUGCGGAUAUAUGUUUCUUUGAGAAUCAGAAUGGUUUCUUCAAUGUGGUUACCGACACCUACACCAGUCCCGAUGGUCGCUGGGUGCGCAAGGACUACCAGCAGGACUGUGAGGUCUUCAAAAUGGACGAGUUCACGUUGGCCUUCAAGCGCAAGUUCGAUUGCGAUCCCCUCGAUCUACGUCUUCAUGAGGGCACCAUGUAUGUGGUUUGGGCACGCGGCGAAUCGGAGCUGUCGCUCGAGGAUCAUCAGUUUGCUCUGCCCAAUGUGAGUGCACCCCAUGAGGCGGGUCUCAAGAUGCUGCAACUGCUGCGAGCCGACAAGAUAAUCAUACCCGAAACCGAACUGGAUCAAAUGGAAAUCACAUUGGAGAAAGCACCGGUGCCCAAUAAGGAGACAACUUAUUGGUGCCAUGUGCAGCGCUUGGAUGAUCUUGUCAAGAAUCGUUUGCACAUUGUGCAAUUUGAGCCGAUCGUUAAGACGCCGGGCAUUGUGCAUCACAUGGAGGUAUUUCACUGCGAGACAGAGCCACAGAUCGAGAUACCACUGUACAAUGGCGACUGUGAGCAGCUGCCCCUCGAGGCGAAGGUCUGCUCCAAGGUAAUGGCUCUCUGGGCGAUGGGAGCCAGCACGUUUACCUAUCCGCCCGAGGCGGGACUACCCAUCGGUGGCGACAAUUUCAAUCCCUACGUUCGACUCGAGGUCCACUUCAAUAAUCCCGAGUUACAGCCAGGACUCGUGGACAGCUCCGGUUUCCGCAUCAAAUUAUCAAAGACACUGCGACAAUACGAUGCCGGCGUGAUGGAACUGGGCCUCGAGUACACUGAUAAAAUGGCCAUACCGCCCAGACAGCAGGCGUUCCCACUCAGCGGUUAUUGCAUCGCUGACUGCACCCGGGCUGCUUUGCCCCGCACCGGCAUCAUCAUCUUUGGCUCCCAGCUGCAUACGCAUCUGCGCGGAGUUCGCGUCCUCACCAGACACUUUCGGGGCGAACAGGAGUUGCGGGAGGUGAAUCGCGAUGAUUACUACUCCAAUCACUUCCAGGAGAUGCGCACCUUGCACUACAAGCCUCGUGUGCUACCGGGUGAUGCUCUGGUGACAACGUGCUAUUAUAAUACCCUAGACGAUGUGAAUGCAACGCUGGGUGGCUUCUCAAUUAGCGACGAGAUGUGCGUCAACUAUAUUCACUACUAUCCGGCCACCAAGUUGGAGGUGUGCAAAAGUUCCGUUUCCGAGGAGACACUCGAGGAUUACUUUAUCUACAUGAAGCGCAAGGAGCAUCAGCAUGGCAUACACUUGAAUGGGGCACGUUCGGUGAAUUAUCGGACUAUCGAAUGGACACAGCCCCACAUCGACCAGCUGUACACGAUGUACAUCCAGGAGCCGCUUAGCAUGCAAUGCAACCGAUCCGAUGGCCAGCGUUUCGAAGGACACAACUGGGAGGGUGUCUACCCCACCGCGGUGCAAAUCAAAAUGCCCAUCCAUCGCAAACUGUGCCCCAACUACAAUCCGCUCUGGCUCAAGCCACUCGAGAAGGGUGAAUGCGAUUUACUCGGCGAGUGCAUCUACUAGGCGAACGCCAGCGUUGCCAAAG